UAUUCUCACGGGGACGGGCCGACGGUCACUGUCCUCACCGCGUCUCGAAACAAACUGUUGUCGGUCAUGUGACCGUUCGACAGGGAGUGUCGUACCAACGAGCGCACCCCUGUUCAGUUCAUUGACAGAAAUGGCUACUACGGAAGUGGAGCGCAGACGUGGCCAGCUUGCUGCUCUGUCCAUAGCAGCAGUGGUGAUCAUCGUGGGAGCCCCUCUGUGGUGGCGCACAACAGAAACAUAUCGCGCCUGGUUGCCCGUCAGUCAGAUAAAAGAGUUGGCUAACUUGCAGCUGCAGCUGAGUGCCGACGUGGAGGUCGUGUUUGCACGGGGAACUGUGACACCAGAACAGCAGAAGAAGGUCCCACUGACGCUGACACAGGAUGACGAACACGUAGUAGAUGAGGACACAUCUUUGAGGUACAGGUAUGAGACAAAGUACCGCACAGCUACAGUCAUGGAGGAGGACGCCCUGAACCAGCCCACCGCUGCAGAGGCAGAUCUAUCGCUGCACAGGCUCAGUGAGAGCCCCUGUGGUUCUUUGGUUGUGUACGUCAUCCCAGAGUCAUCUUCACUGCUGCCUGAGGAUGUGGAUGUGUAUAUCGGUCAGCGACGCACAGCCAUGCUGCGUAUGGGUGCCCCGAUGAGGGUGGGCAAGACACUAGAGCAGUUACUGUCUCACCUGGAGCCUCGGAUCAAGCAGGUACUGCAGGUGAUGUCUUUUAGCCAUAAUGACAUCACCGCCGCCCUCAGCGACAGAGUCCGUCUCAGCCCUGGCAACAAAGAGAGCGUCGCUGACAGUAUGAGAGCCUUUAAAUCCAGCCCAGGUUAUGAGAUCACGUUCAGUCUGUUGAACCCAGACCCAAAGUCUCACCGGCUCCACUGGGACAUAGAGAGUGCUGUGCAGACCUACAUCCAGCCUCUGCUCACAAAACUGGCCCCUUUGGCAAACUUCAGCAUCGAUUCUCAGACUCUGUACUACACCAUGCUCGGCGUGAAUCCGCGCUUCGACAGCAGCCGCAGCAUCUACAUGCUCAACGCUGACAGCCUCGCGCAUGUCAUCAACCCCGUGGAGGCUAGACUGGGUUCAAACGCCGCCUCUUCCAACCCAGUGUUGAAUUUUCUCUUGUACGUCCCGGAUGCCCACCAUUCACCCCUUCAUAUUCAUGACCACAAGAAACAGGAAGUGCCUUCUAAUGCGUUUCACUCUCCACGGUGGGGUGGAAUUAUGGUCUAUAAUGUUGAUGGUUUCUAUGGACCAGAGGCUGCGUUCCCUGUUGACAUCAACAUCAAUAUGGCCAAAGUCAUGGGAGUCUUCCUUGCGCAGCUUCGACUGUUGCUGGGCGUGCAGUCGUCAUCUCCUCCUCCCGGCUUCCGCGUGGCACCGUGCAGCAGUGCAGGACUAGCUGACUGGGAGCUGGAUCGUCUCAUGUGGAGUAGAAGUGUGGAAAACGUAGCAACCGCGACCACCACCAUCACCUCGCUGGCACAGCUGCUGGACCAGAUAGGAAACAUUGUCAUCAAUGAUAACAUUGCUCAACAGGUGUCCAGUGCCGUCACGUCUCUGCAGCUGGCUGUGGCCGAGUUGGAGGCCGGGAACCUCGGCUUUGCCCUGCAGUACAGCAAAGAGGCCAUCUUGGCAUCAGAGAGAGCGUUCUUUGACCCUUCACUCCUCCACCUCCUGUACUUUCCCGAUGACCAGAAGUUUGCUAUCUACAUACCACUCUUCCUGCCCAUGUGCGUGCCGAUUCUGUUAUCACUGCUCAAAAUCAUGUCUGAGGCCAGACAGAGACGCAGAGAAAAGACGAAGAAGAAGGACUGAGAAAGACGUGCGCGAGAGAGAAUGUGUUGAACAAAAACAAAAAGGCACGCAUGAAGAAAGACUAACGUGCAGCAUGAAUUUUAUUGUUUCAUGUAAAGAAUUGUGUUCAUUUUAAGAUUGUGAUGAAUGUCUGCCGCGGCUGUCUGACACUACACUGGAAAGCUUGAACUGUUGUGAAUGUGUCAAGUUUUAUAUUUGAAUUCUACUUACUGUUCUAAGUUAUAAGUUACAAAUAAAUAAUAAAAAUGAAAGCUGUAACUCA